UUGAUUAACAAGUUCAUACGAGAGCUGUCUCGCAAUUUCAAUCUUAUCGCCCGAAAAAAUUUCAGUUUUAAUUUUUGCUUUGCCACUCAUACAGGAAUUCAGUAUAUCAUAUCAAUUCACGAUUAUUUCAUUCGAUUGCCUGUUUUUUGUUAUUAAUAAUCGAGGAAAAGAAUUUAUUAUUGUUAUCGACAGUAUAGUUUGUGAAUUUGAAUUAACUUAUAAAAGAAAAUGGCCAGUAUUUUUGGAAACGUUGAAGUUGGACCCAAAAUCGAGGUUUUUGCACUAACAAAAUCCUUUACAGAGGAUACAAGCUCAUGUAAAGUAAAUCUGAGUGUUGGAGCAUAUAGAACGCCAGAUGGACGGCCUUGGGUUCUACCUGUUGUUAAGAAGACAGAAAUCCAAGUGGCUGAAUGUGAAAAUAUAAAUCACGAAUAUUUGCCGGUUACGGGUUUGGAGAGUUUUACAAAAGCCUCAGUUUCUUUAUUGCUUGGAGAAGAUUCGCCAGCUAUUAAAGAGAAUCGUGCUGUUGGAGUUCAAGCUUUAUCUGGCACAGGGGCAUUAAGAAUCGGCGCCGAAUUUUUAUUUAGCAAAUUGGGCCGCAGAGUUGUCUACUACUCAAAUCCAACUUGGGAAAACCAUCAUAAAGUGUUUGCUGGUGCUGGUUUUACUGAUAUUCGACAAUAUAAAUAUUGGAAUGCACAAACGCGUGGAAUUGAUAUGGAUGGUCUGCUUGACGAUUUGAAAAACGCUCCCGAAGGUGCUGUUAUUAUUUUACAUGCUUGUGCACAUAAUCCAACCGGCUGUGAUCCUACAAAAGAACAAUGGACACAAAUUGCUGAUGUUAUGGAGAGUAAAAAACUGUUCCCGUUUUUCGAUUCUGCAUACCAGGGCUUUGCAAGUGGUGAUCCAGUACGCGAUGCAUUUGCUGUUCGGUAUUUUGUAUCUCGCGGUUUUGAAUUGUUUUGUGCACAGUCUUAUGCCAAAAAUUUCGGUUUAUAUUGUGAGCGAGUUGGUAAUUUAACCGUGGUGCAAAAAAAUUCUUCAACCACUGCAGCUGUACUCUCCCAAUUAACGCUGAUAGUUCGUGCUAUGUACAGUAAUCCACCAGCAUUCGGUGCCCGUAUUGUUGAAUCAAUUUUGAACAGUCCAGUGUUGCGUAAGGAAUGGUAUGAAUGCAUCAAAAUUAUGUCAUCGAGAAUUUUGAAAAUGCGUAAAGCAUUGUACGAAGAAUUGACGCGCUUAGGUACGCCGGGUGGUUGGAACCACAUCACAGACCAAAUUGGAAUGUUUUCGUACACAGGAUUGAAUGAAAAACAAUGUCAGCUCUUAAUUGAUGAAUUCCAUAUUUAUUUACUGAAAACAGGGCGUAUUAGUAUGAGCGGCUUGAAUGAAAACAACGUUGUUCAUGUCGCGAAAGCAAUUCAUACUGCUGUUACAACAAUUCAAAACUAAAAUCUACUUCUUAUAAUAGUACAACAGACAACACACAUUUGGUGAUUAUAAAGAAAAAAUCGAAAUAUCAAACUUCAUUUUGUGCAAUGUUGCAUUGCAUAUAACAUUGGAUGCAUCGGUUUUCUUCUACUUCUUUUAUUCUGUUUUUCAGUGGUCAAUCAAUUUAAAAUGAUUGAAUCGCAUUGAUAAAAGACGAAAGUAUUUCAUUUUAACAAAUUUCCACUUAACUUCAAUAUUUUAAAAAAAUAAAUUCUCGUUUCGUUCAGUCGAUUAUUUCAAAAGCAUAAAAAACAAAAAAAAAUUUAAUCUUAGAAAAAUCAUGAGCAUAUAAUGUUGUAAAUACUAAAAAAAAUCUAAAUUGAGAAAAUUCAUAAUUUUUUGUCAUUGACAAAACUAAAAAAUACGCAUUUAAAUUGUUUUUUCUUUUAUCACA